CGACUGACAAUGCACCAUCCAAACGCUGGCGACUGCCUCGCAGGUUCCAACCAAGGGAUCAGUGUGGUUUCAACAGCCUCCGGACUUCAUUACUCCAUGCCAUCCUGCCAUUACGGGAAUCAACAAUCGCCUUAUGGGGUGAUGACAGGUGGCCUUACUCCUUGUCUGUAUAAGCUGCCCGACCACACGCUGAACACUUCCUCGUGUAACCUGGGCCAUGGGUUUACACCUCUGCACCAGUCAGUCCUGUGCGAAGAGUCCAUUGCGGUAGACUUCAAGCAGGAGUUCCGAAAAAAGAGUAAAAUCGCCGAGGACCCUGUUGGCGUGGAUUCCCCGGAAAUCAAAGAGCUGGAGAUGUUUGCAAAUCAAUUUAAAUUAAGAAGAAUAAAGUUAGGUUACACCCAGACAAAUGUAGGAGAGGCACUCGCUGCUGUGCAUGGCUCAGAAUUUAGCCAAACAACAAUUUGUCGCUUUGAAAAUUUACAGCUGAGUUUUAAAAAUGCAUGCAAGCUUAAAUCAAUCCUUUCAAAAUGGUUAGAUGAAGCAGAACAAGCAGGGGCUUUAAAUAAUGAAAGAGCAGGAACAAAUGAAAGGAAAAGAAAACGAAGAACUACAAUCAGCAUGCUAGCUAAAGAAACACUGGAGACACAUUUUGGGCAUCAAAGUAAACCUACCUCCCAAGAGAUCAUGCAAAUGGCCGAAAGUUUAAACCUGGAGAAAGAAGUCAUAAGAGUCUGGUUCUGUAACCGCCGGCAGAGGGAGAAACGAGUGAAGACAAACCUGCAUUACAAUUCAUUUUGUUUUUCCUUCAAAGAACAUCUUGACUGUAGAUAAAACAUUAUUUUUCC